GUUUACGUUUUUCCAUCGCUCGCCCACAAAUAUUUUGAGGGCUUUCCUCUUUGGGUUGGCAUGCGAAAACCGCAACAAACACGUGCACUUGGCCAAAGAGCAAAUGAGAGAGAAUGCGGCGGAUGCGCAGUGGGUGGCCAGCGGUACAGGGCUCAUGUAACCCAGGCGCGUAGCCGCAAGGGGACUCCCAAUAAUUGAUUAGGGGACAGCCAAGGCAUUUCAAAAAUGUUGCUUGAGGGUUUACAAAUUCCUUACUUUAGUGCUACAUUUUUCUUUGAAGGAGCGAACCCUUUUUUUUUACCUAAAAAGUGGCCUACCUUCUUUUCUCCCUAUUUCUUGUAAUUUUGUUUUUAAAGAGUACAUUGUCAACUACCUUGAUGGUUGUGAAAUUCUUUUUAAUAAGCUCUUAUAUAUUUUUAUUACAAGCAAAUGUUCUCGCUAAAAUUCUUUUUUCAAAAUAAAAUUGUUCUUAGAAAAUCUUUGCAUAAAAUAGUCCAAAAGAUUUCUAGAAAAGCCUGGUCUUUGAGAACUUCGAGGGCUGUAAGUGCGCUUGUGCCUUGGAACGUUCACCUGGCUGGUUAUCAGUCUGUUGGCCGCUUAUCGGUCAUCUCAAGUUGGUCUGGUCAAAUGCCACAGGUUCACGGGAAGCUAAUAAGGGAAACCCUCCCUUGUCGGAAGGAACUUCGAGUGUGCCAGAAAGCGUGCUAUGGUUUUUCGCAUAUUGGUGGAAAUUCGUAGCCCGGACAUCGAUAAAUCGAGCCUAUACAUACUUCAUUCACACACACCGAACGUGGGAAACCCCCAAGCGGGACUUUGCUGAAAAUUCGCUGCGCACUCACGGCUUUCUCCCUGCUUUUUCUCUCUUUCUGGGAAUCUCCCAUCUCUCGGCCUUUUAGAAGUAACGCCACGUUCUAGAUUCCUUUCGGCUUGCCGCUCUGUUUUGGUUGGCUUUCUGUUUUGUGCUCUAAUUCGUAAGCAAAGCGAAUAGUUUCGACAGGCAUUUCCCAGAGAGAGAGAGACCGUGCCAAAGGAGAGCGCCAAAUGCAGCGCAUUUUCCGCCCUCGAGUGGCAAAAAAGGAAAAGCUCGCUCGCGCAUGUGGGCAGGUUGCCCAUCGAAUCGGGUCACAAAGUUCCCAGUGCAGCAGCUUCUGGGUGUUUUUUCUAUUUGUUUUUUUUUUUUUUUUUCGUCUGCUCCUUGCUGUUGUGCUUGUCUUUUGCCAGCUUUUCUUCUUCAGUUUUGGGGGCCUUCGGUGUAUAAAUGGCAGCGCGGUCGCGUAUCGCAUUUCAGUCUACGUUGGACUUUAGCGCGCGCCGCACACGCUGCGUAUACGUAACGCAUCGCAAGAUACGGCGGAUUCCGCACCGAACUGAGGUCUCCGUCCGUGUGACGCCGCCGUGCUCCGAUCACUUGGGUGUUUUGGGCCUCCGCUCUUCGAUUUUUCCGCGCGAGCCUCGAAGAGAAAGUCGUAUAAGUUAGUGGAAAAGUGCCGCCUCUCCACUCGAGAACCAUUUUGAACUGUUCUGCGUGGGAAACAGAAUUUCAAAUUUAACGGCUUUUCGUGGUAGGGAGAGUUUUCGAAAACCAGAGGCGAGGUUUUUAAUUGAAUCAAAUUAGUGGUAAUUCAAUUUUUGACGGCAGUAAAUGAGAGGAAAAUAAAACUGAAAACAAUUUGGGCUUCUGGUUAUACCUAAUUGAAAAUAAUAACUUAAGCAAAUGUAAUGCAAGAAAACUAAAUAAAUCCGCUGAUCUGGAGUAAGGAGGACAAUAAGAAAACUGCAAGUGUGGCGAAAAUUGAUUCGAACAUAAAUAAAGGGCAGCCAAGCGUGGCCAGACAAGGACAACAAAAGCAAGAAGCCGAAGGAUUUGCGAUUGGCCGAAAGGGGGAAAAUCAAUAGUGGCCACAUGUAAGAGGACACCGGGCACAAGCAAUAUGGUGGCCAUGCGGCAAGGAAUGGGUCAGACGACUCCUGGCCUCCAGUUGUUGCGGUGGACUGAGUAAGCGCGAAAGUUCCAGGGGAAAUAACAUGUCGGACCGAUAUCCAGCCAGCUUCUACGAUCACCAGCAUCACCAGCUACCCCCUCAUCCCUCCGCGAUGUCGCACUAUCCGCCGCAGCCCUACAGAUCGGGUUACACCGGCUACCAUCCGUACGGAUAUGGCUACGGAUCGUCAAGUGCUUCUUACAUGCCCAACUACUAUCGCUAUGCUCCGUAUGCCUCGCCGCACUACAGCCAGCACCACCAGGGGAUGUUCACGCCGGCUGGCCAGCAGUUGAUCCCCUCCAGCGUGCUGCACUAUCCGCCCAGAUCGCAUCCCUACCAGCAGCAGCAGCACCACCACCACCCGUCUCAGCCUGGCUACGAGCCGCCCGCUCCCUUGCCCUACAGUUCUUCCGCCUCCUAUCAGUCCCGCGGCUUCGGUGGCUACUCGGGUCCCACGCCCCACUAUGCUCCGCCUGGAAGGUCCUCCACACCGGCUCCCAAUCGCACUGUGCUGCCGCCGAACUACUUGGAACCACUGCGCAGCUACAGCGCCGAGCAGCAACACCUCGGCCAGCAGCAACACAUGAGUCAGCAGCAACUGCAACACCUCCCGCUGGCGGCCACCCCGAAGCUGGAGGACCCGGACAUCGAAGUGGAGGCGGUGGCGGAGUCCCCCGCCCAGCGGUUGACCACAUCGCCGCCCAUGAUUAGUGCCACCGGAACGGAUAGCGGCAUCAGCAACUGCAGCACGCGAGCCCGCAGCGAUAGCAGCCAGAGUACGCCCGUUUACAGCGGCGAGUAUCCGGUGAACAUGUCCGUGGAGUCCGCCUCCUGUGUGCCGUACCACUGCCCGGCAGACGGCAGGGACUUCGAGGAGGAGGAGCUCCAGCCACCGGUAGCAGCGGAGGCCAGAGGGACGGACCCUCCGCUCGAUAUUCCCGAUGACAUAAGCGCCACGUCGCCAGUGGGCAGUGAUAAGGUGAAAAACUCGCCACCCACUCCGCCGGAAGUUGUGAAGCGUGCGGAAAUCAAUUUGCAGCCGGAGACGGGAGCAUCUUCGGAUGCGCCGACGACGCCGCAGGAUACUAGUGGUGAUCCAAUAAUCGAGGCGUCCGACGAGAAGCCAGGACAUGCGCAGCAACAUCCUGGGACGAGCAACUGGAGUCCAACGCCGCGACGCCCGCGCACUCCGCCGGCGCCUCAGAACUCGCCCGUUGGCUUUGGCCAGAGUGCGAACGUGCCACCUGCCUUGGCUCCUCUGCUGCAGCAGCAACAGCAUCAGCAGCAAUUGCAGCAGCAACAACAGGCCAACAGCAACCUUAAGCGAUGUGCAACAUCUGGCAGAAACCGCAGCAGCAACAACCGCAUCAUCGAGUGCGAUCUCAUUCCGAGCAAGAAAUCAAAACGGAAGUCGGCCAAAAAGGAGGCUGUCGACAGUGAAAACACGGAGGCAGUGGAACCCAUUGUUAGAGAACAAAUUAGGGAUAUAAAGCCCUUGCCGGGAUUCCUGCAGGCCUUCGGCUCCACCGAAAUCGGAAGGUUCUCCGAGAGAUUCCUGCAGACGCCAGAAUCGUUAGUUGAGCGAUUGGCUGAGGAAUACGCAGCCAGUACGCCCAGCCAUUUACCAUCUCACCCAGCUGGAGGCUACAUCGAGUCCCCGGCCACGCCCACACAUAACUACUAUCCAUACGAUGAGCAGAACCAAAUCGGUUAUCCAAGGAACCGAAUUCGAGGCUACGGCUACGAAAUACCGGACUACAUGGCGUAUGAGCGAUAUGCGGCCUACGGAGCCGGAAGACCAAGAGCUCGCUAUGGAGAGAUCCGCUGCAACGGCUAUUAAAUGCGUUCGACCGAUGUCGGACGGAUCACAUAUAGCUUAGGGUUAGUGUUGUUGUAGUCGUGCAUAGUCGUUGUCAUUCGAUAUUCUCUGUGUGUGCCUUUUUCGGUCAAAAUUGGACAAUGAAUUUCCCCCGAAGAGUUGUUGUUGUCGGGGGCAUUGUUGGCAAUGAGUUCGUUCAAAAUUUACCACAACAAAGUAAGAAAUACAAUGAAAAAACAAAAGAAACAAGAAGCCAAAAUAUUGUUAGCAAGCCAUCUAAAUGUAAAUGAAUAAUCAAUUAAGUAGUUCAAUGUAUUUUAAAUCGAAAGAGUUUUAAAUCGAUUCAGAGUGUAAGUUGAAAUCUUGUCCCACUGUACAUAAGAAUGCAUUUCGUAUAUGUAACACUAGAUUUAGAAAAACUACUUGGGCAGUUGGUAAAGGGAUCUAAAAGUUUUCGAGGCCUCCAGGAGUUCGGGGAUAUUUUUCUCAACUUCUACUUAAAAGUAAUAAACACUCAAAAUUGUUUACUGCACCGUUUCCGAUUGGGAACUUUUAAUGGGGCACAAAAUUCCGAAAGCACCCCAAAUUAAUAAAAUAAAACAGAGCAAAAAUCUUACAUUUAGCGAAAAGAUGUGCCAUUGAAAAAUAUCUUUAAUUAAAAACACCAUAAUUUAGGAAUUACGUUUAUGUACAAUACAAAUACAAAUUAAAGAUUAGCUACGGUAAUCUAAAGCCAGAUAGUUAAUUUUAAAGCAAUGCAGUACAUUUUAGUCUAGGACACUGACACUGACACACACACACACUUACACACAGAUACAGAUACACCCAUACAGAGACACACUCGAACCACCGCACUAAUUUGUACUUGGCAAAAUUGAUUUAUUUUCUAUCGAUUUACUAACAACUUAUUCAUUUUCGAAUCGAUUUCUUUGUUGUAUUGAGUGCCUUAAUUUACUUGACUUGAUUUCCAAUAUCUGUGCGUGAACAAAUAAACGUAACGAAUUUGUAUGAUUUACUUGUAGAGAAACAACCAAGUUCAGGUUUCAAAGGGGCCCAAACAAAAUUUCAAAUGCAAAUCGAACAAAUCAAUGAAGAACAAAAACAACCGAAUUACCAAAACGGGAAACAAGAAAUCCAAAACACAUCGAGCGACAUUCAAAAAUGUUUAAUAGCGAUUAAAAAACUAGUUAAUAUGUAAAGAAACUACUCACCAACAACAAAAAAAAAAACCAAAGAAAACCUUGUAGCGUUGACAUUUUAAGCCAACUAUUUGGUAGUCUUCAACAGAAACGAAGGAUUAACAACCGAGGACGAAGCGAAAAUAAACCAAGUAUUUAGUAUAAUUAAGUCCGUGUGUAAAUAAAUAUUUGAAAGUUUGAAUUUUAUGAAAUAAAUCACGCAAAACGAUUAGCAAAGGAUGUUGGUAAACAAAACGCUGACUUGUUGUUUACAUUAUUGUAUUUUGGGACUUUUGUUUAACUGUUUUAUUCGUUUAAUUAAUUUAUAAAUAUUAUUACAUAACCUAGAAGUGUUUAUUGUUUGUUUUAACUUUUGUGUGGGUUUGUGUGUUUAAAUUAAUUACAAAAAUAGUUCAGUUGUAAGAAGAGCAGAAUCGUAGUAAUAAUAGUAAUUAGAAUUUAGUUGAGCGGAAACGAAAUAAGGAUACGAAGGCGCCUGGAACUAAAGUACAAAAGCAUACGUCUUGGGGUUCCAAAGAGCGAUAUAUAGGCUUACGAACUAAA